CAGUCAAUGUUUGGUCUCGCCGAUCUAUAAAAGUCCAAACAUCGAACAACGGAAACAGUAGAUAUCGGACUUUGGCCUACUACUUGCAGACACCUGCUCUAGAAGAACAAUCUCUCAGCAUCCAUACUCUCAGUGCCUUUCAAAGUCAUCAUUAAAAAAUAAAGGUGCUGCCGAUUUAAAUUUAAAACAAAAAACAUUCAGCAAAUUUGGCAAUGAGAAGUUGCAUUAAUGUUCUAGGUUGAGGACUUAAUCUGACCCACCCUAUAGAGAGCAAGGAGUCCAAAAGGUAGACAAAAAUGCUGGAGAAACUGAGCAGGUGAGGCAGCAUCUAUGGAGUGAAGGAAUAACUUGAGUUACAACAAACCUUUAUGUCCAUAUGUAAGAUAAUUAUGUGCAGGACUCCCGAGGGAAAAAAUGGCCUUUGCGGACCUGGCAUGGACCCGAUGGGCUGAGUGGCCGUACAGUGUAUUCAUAAGUUCAUCUCGGAUCUGUUUACUUAGGCGAAUAUUAACUAUUCCAAUGUAACUAUUGCAAAGCAGAUAAUUAAACAAUAUAUGGGGAAAAAACACAAAUAAAUCUGAAUUAGACUCAGGAAUGCAAGCAGCAUCUGUGCAGAGAGAGAUACUGUUUAUAUUUGUGAAAAUCUUACUGAAAUAAAUCGCUCUGUCAGGCAAAAAAUAGCUGCUUCGUUUCCAACCGCGCAACAGUGACUGGGAAGCUAUGUAUUUAACUCUACAGUUUGAAAGAUCCAAUUUUAACAUAACAUAGUGACUUAUUCAAGCAAAUCUUCCUGCAGAAUCUAACGUUUUGGCAUUAAUGUUGUGAAGCGGCAAUUCCUAUGUAAUAAUGUGCACAAUUAAUAUUUCUGGCGUAGCGAUUGUCCGCAUAUUCAACACCUGAAACGACCUCAAUGUUAUUCUUUGCAAUCUAAACCGAAGUUAAAUUGGAACCCAGAGCAUGUCCGAAACAAUCAGAAACGGAUAUUAUCCUUUCACUAUUCAGUUUUCGAAUUGAACAAAUGUCCCAAAAUACUUUCGCUGCAACUCGCUGUGCAAAUCCUGGAAACAAUUGGUACUUGAUCGCAUAUCCCAGCAUUAUGCCUUUGGUGUUGUUUUUGGUGCUGACAAAACAGACAAAACCAAGAAGGGGCACUUCAGCUGACAUUUAAAGUGGUGUUUUAAACCUGAACUCAGGCAUUUGCAUUCUCCUUAUGGAUCUUUCCACAGCAGCGCUGUGAGAUUGACGUAACAUGUGCUGAAAUUUGGCCUUCAACCAAGAGCCCCUUACGUUUGUUGCUGCUUUGCUGUGGGGAGGAGAGCACAAACGAGUGCCUCGCACUGACCUCCCGGCGGCCGCAACCAGUCACCUCGCUCAAGAUGUGAAUGAUGGCGAGAACCAGGGCUAUGGAGACCUCCCGGGAACAUAGCGUUUGCUGAAGAGACGAGGAGGUUAUGGGGACCGGCGAAGAAACCCUAGUCACCUUGAGUGGUGGCGCGCCCUGGGGCUUCAGGCUACAUGGAGGAUCCCACCAAAACAUGCCGCUUCGAGUCGCCAAGGUGCGGAAGCGAGGGAAAGCUUGUAGAGGUGGGCUACGUGAGAAUGAUACCCUCCUGACCAUCAAUGGAAGAUCUUGCAGUGGAAUUUCACAUGCAGAUGCCAUGAACAUCAUAGACUCUUCAGACGGGACUCUGCGCAUCUGGGUCAAGAGGAUUUCGUGCAGCCCGGCAACUGGCAGCUUUCAAUCUGAGACCAGCCCGGCCACCGCCCCCUGUGAACGGAGCCAAGAAACUUCAAAAGUCCCCGAACUAAUGCUGGAGCCCCCCAGUGUGAAGGUAGAGACAUCCCGCGACACCAGCGGGCUCCGUGGCCAGCCGGAGUGCUACACAUCGCCCCCGGACAGCGAGGCGUAUUACGGUGAGACCGACAGCGACGCGGAUCACACGGCCAGCGAGAGGCAGCGGAGGCAGAAGAAGCGCUGGCCGGGUCCCAGGGCGCCAGUGCGGGGAUCGGCCGACGAGGCGUCGGAGCAGAGCGAGUACGACAGCGCCCCGGAGCCGGUGUGGAGCGACUGCCGCUCCCCUCUGAGUCCCCUGUCGCCGGAACCCGCAGCAUCCGCCUGUAUGGAUCAUCCCAGCCUCGCACAAGGGGCAAUCCCGAGGAUGUUUCAGCCCAGGAAGGUGGAAGCCAAGAUUAAUAUCUGGCAGCCCAGGGUGGAGAUGGCUACUUACCCCAAGCCUGGUCUCGCCCACACUAUCCUCACCCCCAGCAGCCACACCCAGCCCACUCCCUGUUACCCUACCGCCAACCCCAACUAUCCCAACUACCACCCCACCUAUCCCAACACCAACCCCACCUAUCCCAACACCAACCCCACCUAUCCCAACACCAACCCCACCUAU